ACAGUACAACACAGAAAGCUCUUUCCACCUGUUUAGCCUCGGCAAUUCCAAAGCUUCCCAACAGUAACAAAACCCACUUCGAUUUCAUCGAAACCCUUGCAGCUCACAUAUAUAAUAACAACAUACUUCUUUAUCAUUUGUGCAUAUUAGACCCAUUACUCUCCUCUUCUCGAAGCACCCUUCGUUUCUUUCGAAAGCUCAAAUCUUGCCUUCUUCUUAGGCCAUUCUGAAAUUUUGUAAUUUUAAGGUUAUAAAAUAUGGCUGCGGCCACAACUCCUGCCACACAGAUGACAACAAUCAAUCCUUGUCUAUCUUCUUCUCGUAAAGGGUUUAUGCCAAGCGUUGCUAGUUUCAGUAAUGAGUCUAGAGAGGCAUCUUGGACUAGGCUUAGAAGCUGCUCUCAUAUCUCAUUGAGGCACCCAUUACGCCAGAGCCUUACUUCAGUGCCAGUGAAAUUUAAAAGGGUUGUUACAAAAGCAAUGUCAGGAUCAAAUGAGAACAAGCCUCUGCCAGGAUUGCCUGUUGAUUUAAGAGGUAAGAGAGCAUUUAUUGCUGGUGUAGCAGAUGACAAUGGAUAUGGUUGGGCAAUUGCAAAAUCUCUUGCUGCUGCAGGUGCUGAGAUUAUUGUUGGUACAUGGGUGCCUGCACUGAACAUAUUUGAAAGCAGUCUACGGCGCGGGAAAUUUGACGAAUCACGCGUAUUGCCAGAUGGUUCUUUAAUGGAAAUCGUCAAAGUUUAUCCAAUGGAUGCAGUAUAUGACAGUCCUGAAGAUGUUCCUGAGGAUGUGAAAUCAAACAAACGCUAUGCUGGGGCCUCAAAAUGGACAGUGCAGGAGCUUGUUGAAUCAGUGAAGCAGGAUUUUGGCAGCAUUGACAUCCUUGUGCAUUCACUUGCUAAUGGACCAGAGGUUAAAAAACCUCUUCUGGAGACAUCAAGGAAUGGGUAUCUUGCAGCCAUUUCCGCAUCAAGUUAUUCAUAUGUUUCCUUACUGAAGCAUUUUCUUCCAAUAAUAAAUCCAGGUGGUUCAUCAAUUUCUCUUACCUACAUUGCCUCUGAAAGGAUCAUUCCAGGGUAUGGUGGAGGCAUGAGUUCAGCAAAGGCGGCUCUGGAGAGCGAUACACGGGUGCUGGCUUUUGAAGCUGGAAGGAAGCAAAAAAUCAGAGUCAACACAAUAUCUGCAGGUCCAUUAGGAAGUCGUGCCGCAAAAGCAAUUGGCUUUAUUGAAAUGAUGAUUAAUUAUUCAAUGGCCAAUGCACCUCUACAGAAGGAAUUAUCUGCAGACGAAGUGGGGAACGUAGCUGCUUUCCUGGCUUCACCUUUGGCUUCAGCUAUCACUGGUUCUGUCGUGUACGUGGACAAUGGUCUGAAUGCAAUGGGAGUGGGAGUUGACAGCCCAAUGUUUGAGAACCUUGACAUUCCAAAGGAUAAAUGAUCUGUCAGGUUGAAACUACAACAUUUUUCAGUUGACUGCCAUUUUUUUUUCCUUAAAAUUUUUAAUAAAUGCUGUAACACUUUUUUUUUCUAUUUCCGCCAUUCAACUCAUAUAAUGUCUAGGGGAAUAGCUGAUUUUAAUCCCCUUUAGAUAAGAGGAUAAUCUAUAUGCCGCUUUAGUCCA